ACUUUGUAUUAAAUAAAGUCCAUUUUACCUCAGAACUCAGAAGAUAUUCAGAUAACAUUCUUGGACGAUCACUUCACUAUUUUCGUUCUCUUCCCUACCAAAUUUUCUCUCAACAAUAUGAGCAUAAUAUAGUUCUAUCACUUUCGAACAUCUACUUUUAUUUUUAGUGCCAAAAAAAAAAGUCUACUUUCAGUCUGUCACCAAUUCACCCUUCAACAACAAUCUUUCAACAAAAAAAUUCACACAUUUUCCUCCAUUUUUACUGGGUUUUCCUUCUAAUUUUUUCCCCAAGUUGCAGAAAUGAGUUUACUAACAACACCAACAACAACAUCAACAACAUGGUCUUAUCAACUUCAAUUCAAUUUCAAGUUUCGGAAACCUCAGACGCCAUUGUUGUUUGCAAAAGCUCGGUUUUCAAGCAUUGUUGAUCGACGCCGCCAUAAUCUUCGAGUUCAUUGUGUUGCGCAAGAUGAGGUUAAGAAUGGCAGUGAAUCGGAACAACGAAUUUCUGGAGAUUCUUGGACGAAUUCGAAUUCGGACACUUCUUCAGUUAAUGAUGUUUUGUCUGAUUGGUUUGGAAAUUCUGACCAGUCUAGUAAUUCUGGGAAGAAAAAUGGGAUUGGAGGAAUUCUGGGAGUAGGGCUUGCUGGUGUUUUACUUGUUGCUGGAAUUACGUCUGCAGCAAUGUCAAUCGGCAAGAAGAGCAGCCCAAGGCCCGUACCAGAGAUGAAGUCAAUUACGCAACAGCAAGAAGAAGUACUAUUGACUUCUGAAGAAGAGGUUUACAUGGAGGGAGAGAAUAAAAAUGAUGGGAAGUAUAAUGUUGAGGAUGAAAGUAAUCUGCAAAAUGGGUACGAUGUGGAGAGCACUGCAGGUGUGGAGAGUGAUCUUUCCUCGUCACUGGGACCAACUGAAAUCACUAGUCAAAGGGGACUUGUUGAUGACACCAAUGUAGAGUCAUUAUCUGUCCUUGAAAAUUCGUCAGAGGGCCUUGUUGCUUCUGCUCAAGAGCGUUUACAAACUGUUACUACAUCGUCUGAUGUGAACAGUCUGGGUACAAAUUCAAAAUCACUUGAAUCUCCGCUAAUAGAAAGUGUUGAUGGCUCCUACGCGACCUCUAGCGCUGUGGUGAGUAAAACAGAGGAGCGCCUGGAUGUUGAGCUGAACAAUGCUGAAGCUAGUUCCGACUUUGAUGUUCCUACGAAUUUUCAAGAUCUGGACAGUUUAGGCACUGCUAAUGCAGCUCUAGAAACUGACAGUGUGUCUAGAGGUGAUAUACCAGUUGCAAGCAAGGAAGACAAUGAACUGCAGGAGCCACUUCAGUUUCCGGAUGAAAGUAAUAUAAAAUUCACAGGCACUAGUAGCUCUAAGGAGACCGGAGUUUCUACAACAGUAUCUUCUAUAGAAAAAUUAUCUGCUGAUGAACAGAAUGAUGGAAGUGAUGCCAUUGGUGGCAGAUCUGUCUUUAAAUCACAAUCUCCAAGUUUCUCAACUCGUGGAAUACCUGCACCAUCACUACUUUCUGCAGCGCGUCAGGUGUCUCCUGGAAAAGUUUUGGUUCCUGCAGUUGCUGAUCAAACUCAGUCACAAGCACUGAUGGCCUUGCAAGUAUUGAAGGUAAUUGAGAGUGAUGCUCAACCUGGUGAUCUCUGUACUCGUCGUGAGUAUGCCCGUUGGUUAGUUUCUGCAAGUAGUGCUCUUUCACGAAACUUGAUCUUGAAGGUCUAUCCGGCUAUGUUCAUAGAAAAUGUUACUGAACUCGCAUUUGAUGACAUCACACCUGAGGAUCCUGACUUCACAUUCAUCCAAGGUUUGGCAGAAGCUGGACUUAUAUCUAGCAAGCUUUCAAGACAAGAUAUGCUUUCUUCUGCUGAUGAAGAGAUAGGUUCUUUUUACUUCCAUCCUGACAGCACUUUAUCUCGUCAAGAUCUUGUGACCUGGAAGAUGGCCUUGGAAAAGAGACAGCUACCAGAAGCUGACAGAAAGGUUCUGCACCAACUUUCUGGUUUCAUUGACAUCGACAAAAUUGACCAGGAUGCAUGUCCUGCCCUUGUGGCUGACCUAUCUGCAGCAGAGCAAGGAAUUGUGGCACUUGCAUUUGGAUACACUAGACUUUUCCAGCCAGAUAAGCCAGUCACGAAAGGCCAAGCUGCAAUUGCUCUGUCCACUGGGGAGGCAGCUGAAGUAGUUAGCGAAGAGCUUGCUCGUAUAGAAGCAGAUUCCAUUGCUGACAAAGCUGUUUCUGCCCAUAAUGCGUUGGUGGCAGAAGUCGAAAAGGAUAUCAAUGCGAGUUUCGAGAAGGAGCUUCUGAUGGAAAGAGAAAAAAUAGAUGCUGUGCAAUUAAUGGCUGAAGAAGCAAAACAAGAAGUUGAUAGGCUUAGAGCAGAGAGAGAAGAAAAAAAUAUUGUUUUGAUGAAGGAACGGGCUACUAUAGAAUCAGAGAUGGAAGUUCUUUCUAGAUUGAGGCAUGAGCUGGAAGAGCAGCUGCAAAGUGUGAUGAGUAAUAAGGUUGAGAUAUCAUAUGAGAAGGAACGGAUUGAAAAGCUCAAGAAAGAAUCGGAAGAAGAAAAUCAAGCAAUCAUCAGAUUGCAAUAUGAGCUGGAGGUUGAGAGAAAGGCCCUCUCCAUGGCCCGGACAUGGGCAGAAGAUGAAGCAAAAAGAGUGCAAGAGCAUGCAAAAGCGCUGGAGGAGGCAAGAGAUCGCUGGGAGAGAAAAGGCCUCAAAGUAAUGGUUGACGAGGACCUUCGUGAGGAGGCCUCAGCUGAUAUUACAUGGACCAAUGUGGGGAAAAAACUAUCAGUAGAAGAAACCACUGAGAGGGCUGAAAAUUUGAUGGACAAGCUCAAGGUUAUGGCAGAUGAAGUUUGGGGGAAAUCCAGAGAGAUAAUUACCAAGAUUAUCCAGAAGAUUCAGUCACUAAUUUCAGGCAUCAAAGAACGGAUCUCCAAGGCAGGCGAGCAAACAAUUGAAUUGAAAGAUGUUGCUGUUGCAAAAGUAGGCGGGUCUGUACAAGAAUUGCAACAAAAUGCUGCUGGCUUUGGUGCAACAGUGAAGGAAGGUGUUGAGAAACUAACGCAAAGAUUUAAGACAUGAUGUCUCCCCUCUUUGUAGGCUUAGAUGGUCCAUUGAUUUUUGGUAAGCUUACUUGGAGCCAUAUGUAAUAACCAUUGUUUCUACACAAAUUGUUGCGCAUAAAAAAUUUCGGUGGGUCUCCCACGUUGAAGUGUGUACACUCAAACUUGUACAUGAGACCAGGGGAGUCUUGUCUGUAAUAAUGUCUCCCGAUAGAUUGUAAUACUUGGAACUUGGAUUGCGUAACUAGCAAUAUAACUUGUACCAGUUUAUGUGAC